GGUGGGGUUGGGUCAAAUUUUACUAGCUAGGGGGCCUAUUCCAAGACCUACUUUGGUGCAUACAUUUCAUUUUCUAGACUAUAAAUCACCAACACCAAAAGCACCUUCAACCUCUCAUUUUCCCCCCCUUCGCCUUGUAUUUUACUCUCAACUUUCUUGCCUUCCAAUCAAGCAUGAAUGUGUACAGAGAUCAAAUCUCCUCCUGUUACUUCCAUCCAAAAGAAAUAGUGGUGGGCGUCUGCGCUGUGUGCUUAAACGAGAGGCUUCAUAUUUUAGCGUCCAGACGAGGCCGCCACCACUCUUCAGCCCGAAGCUGCCGGAAAACUCCCAUCAACCUCUCCAAGAUCUUCGCUUUUAGCUCUUUCAUCAGCCGUCUCGAAUUCCGGCAUUGGAAGCCCGGAAACUCAGACGAUGAAGUCUCCACAAGUCAAGAAGACUCAUUCAUCUCAAUCAACUUUGGGAAAAACGGAGUUGGGUCAUGGGAGGAGAACAAGGUCUCAGAGGUAUCCCUGGAAAACUGCAGCCUGUCAUGGAAUCACCACUUGACCAAAGACUCCAAGGAGACCAAGACUGUGAUAGAGCACGGCAAGACCCGUGCCUCACUUAGGUGGCGGAAGCGGAUUGGCCACCUCUUCCAGCUCAUCAGAAGGAAAAGGUCUAACAAAGGGACAGUCUGCCACGUGGAAGGAGUUAAGACAAGGAAAGGCUGGAUAAAAACUCUGACAAGGUCAAGAAAUACUGAAUAGGCAAAAGAGAAUAUCUAUGCGUGAAUUGGAAUUCAAAUGUGAUUUGUAUAAAGAUUUGAGUCAAAAACUUAUUUUCUUGAUUUGAGCGCUUGCAGGUUUAAGAAUUUAUGAAUGUAAAUGAAGUUCUGUAAUGUGCUAGAAAUAUAUCACCUCUUCUUCCUUCCCCCCCCCCCCUCUUAUGUAGAAUGCCUGAAUAUCGAACACUGCGAUUGAAUAAAACAACCGAAGGAAUUUUCCCA